AUGAAGGCCACUGAAGUUGAUUUUACACUCAAUGACGGAAACAAAAUUCCAGCGGUCGGUCUGGGAACAGCGUUCCCGCGAGAGAACCAGGACUUAGUCACCGACUGUAUUAUCACUGCGUUGAAAAGUGGAAUCCGUCAUAUUGAUACGGCUUGGUACUACGGAAGCGAGCCUAUGAUUGGUGUCGCUCUUCAGAAGGCAUUCACUGAGGGUAUCGUGAAAAGGGAGGACAUUUUCAUCACCACCAAGGUUUGGCCCGGAAGACACGAUGAUGCCUUGGGAUCCCUCAACGAUUCUCUCGAGUUUCUUCAACUAGAUUAUGUUGAUUUGUUCCUUCAACAUUGGCCACUAUGCUUUAUUAAAGAUACAUUUACCGUCGAUGAGAGGUUCGAUCCCCUUGAUACCUGGAAAGAAAUUAUAGAGAUAAAAAAGACCACCAAGAAGGUCAAAUCCAUUGGAGUAUCCAACUACAGCAUUAGAUCCCUGGAGAGACUUUUCAAGGAAACUGAUGUGAUUCCAGCUGUCAAUCAAGUCGAGCUUCAUCCACGUCUACCUCAACUUGAACUGGUGGAAUUUUGUCGUGACCAUGGAAUUUUGAUGGAGGCCUUCUCUCCAUUGGGAUCUGGCGGAGCACCUCUUCUCAAAAUUCCACUCGUCAAUGAAUUGGCCGAGAAAUACAAGGCCACAGCAACUGAUAUCCUGAUUUCGUUCCAUGUUUGCAAGGGUACCGUUGUUCUUCCAAGAACGCAAAACCUGGAACGUUUGAAGCAGGGAUGGGAAUUCGUAAAGAUUUCCAAUGAGGAUUUGGCCAAACUAAACGAGUAUGGAAUCGCAAACCACUAUAGAUAUAUUGCUGCAGAGUUUGGAAUCAAUCUGGGAUUCCCCGACUGGAACGAUAGUGUUGACUACCAUACUGGGGUCUGA